GAGCUGGGUGAGAGAGAACAGUAACAGUAGGCGGGCCCCCAGGGAGCCGCUUUGGGGAAGAGGUUACUGUACACCACUGACAGGCUGCAGGUUAAUUCUUGUUAACUCUGCCCACCAUGUGACUGUAGAUAAGUGAUACCAGAGAAGCUCUCAGACAUUAUUCCUCUAUGAAUGUUUUCUAUCAUUGAAAGAGGCUGAAGGUUUGGCAGAAAACUGCUGGAGAUGUUUUGGUUCGAGCAGGGGCUCUGCUUCCUGCCCGUGUUUCUGGUCGUCUGGUCCUCCUGCACCUUCAUCGUCCCUUACAUUAUUGCGCUCUUUAGAGGCGAUGUGGACAUCAUCUUCCCCUAUAUAAGUGACACGGGGGCAAAUCCACCCGAAAGCUGCAUUUUUGGCCUGAUGACCUUCAUUUCUGCAUGUGCAGGAAUUGCCACCAUAUAUGCCAGAUAUAAGUAUAUGGAGAAGCUGAAUGAGCGGAAUAGCCUUGUGAAACCAUGCCUUAAUAAAACAACACUCUGUUUGGGGAUUAUUGCCUGCUUCGGGAUGUGCAUAGUUGCUUCUUUUCAGGAAACAUCAGUCACAUCAGUCCACGAUGUAGGAGCGCUGUUAUUUUUCAUUUCUGGAGUUGUUUACAUUAUGCUGCAAUCUGUAAUAUCAUUCCAAGCAUGUCCGUACGGGUCGUCCAUCUGUAUGAGUCGAGUCCGUUUGCUGAUCUCACUCAUCGCUGCACUUGCAUUUUUUCCCACUUUGAUCUGUGCAGUUAUUGUUAAAAAAACAACCCUCCACUGGCACACAUCUGAUAAGGACUAUCCCUACCACUUAACCAGUGCCAUAUGUGAAUGGAUCGUCGCCUUCAGCUUCAUCUGCUUCUUCCUCACAUAUAUUGAGGAUUUCAAAAUGUUUAAGUUGCAAGUGAGGACAGAAUAUGAGGACUAGAUGAUCACUAUCACUGGGAUGAAUUUCAAUAUUUUGUGUAAUUCUGCUUUUAUUGCACUCGAUGGCUUUUUAUACUCAAAUUGUUUCACAAAUUAUUUUUUUAUACCUUAAAUUAUGGAUGCAUUAGCUGUAUGAUCGUUUUUUAAAUCUUUUUAUACAAACAUUUUAAAUACGUUCGAAAAAUUUUUUUUCCCAUUGUUUAAGCAUCACUUUGCACGUUGACUGUUGCCAUACCAUUGUGACACAUCCUGUGAGACCUUUGACCACUAAAGAGAAGUUCAUCACACAAAACACAUGACAGUGCAUGAGGGAGGAGAAAAUACAGCUAAAAACGAUACUAACCACUUUUUGCAAAUACGUUUUUUUACACAUUAGCCUUCUUCACACUUGGAGGAUAGUGUCAAAGAUAUGUGUAAAAGGCUUGGAGUAAUGUUAACUUUUGUUGCAGUAGCACAUUUGCACCCUGAAAGGGUUGCUUCAUCUGCAUUUCAAUUUACUGGCUGUAUGUGGGCAAGUUCAGGCAAGUAUUAACUUACUGUUUUUCCUAUUGGAAACUUUGUUUUGUUGUCUUUUCCAUUUUGAGAAGCAGGUAAUUGAAAGGGUUUUUUUGUGUCACGUUAAAUGCAUACCCCAAGAAAACAGGAAGUCAUGGGGCACUAAGCCUACGUUCACACAGCAGCCGGAAGUGACCCGAAUCCGAUUUUUUUGCCCAUAUGCGACCUGUAUCUGAUCUUUUCGUGGCAGUCUGAACAGCAACGAUCUGAUUUUUUCCAAUGUGACCCAGGCCACUUGGCUAUGUGGUCCUGAAUCCGAAACGUAUCUGAUCUUUUAAAAUGCCACCUGUGACUGAACGACCAGGUCGCAUUCAUCCGACCUGAAAAUCGUUAAUAAUCAACAAAGGUCACUAUUCUGCGCCUUGUUACACAGAAGCGGGAAGACAAACAACAAAUAUGGUGGACGAUAAUGCAGAGUGCAGUAUUUAUUUUUAACCAUCUGGAAAAGAUUGAAUUUUUAAGUUUGGGAAAGAUCGCUAGAUGAGUUCCAGAUGUGCUCUGUGUUUGAUGCCGUAAACACAGAGCAUCCCAUACAAAUCGCAUAUAUGUGGAAAUGUGAACAGCAAUUCACAAAAAAAUCAGAAUUGAGCAUUAAGGCCUGCAGUGUGAAUGUAGCCUUAGUUAGAGGCGAUGUUCUAAU